AUGCCCCGAAAACGCUGGAUCGACAAGAACAACGCACAAACUUUUCACCUUCUAUAUCGCCCGCAAAAUGACCCCGCUCUACAUGAUGAGACCGCCGGAGAGCGAACGCUGUACCAAGUAUCCGGACCGGGAUCCUCUUCUCAAAAGAGCGCGGCUAAAGAGGGUUUACACCUGAAGGACCUGGAAGAUGACCUGGACUUUGAGAGCAUGCGAGAAAAUGAGGGCGAGGCAGCCGAAUACGGAAUCUACUUUGACGACACCAACUAUGACUACAUGCAACAUUUGCGAGACGUGGGUGAAGAGCCUGGGGGUUCGCAUUUCAUUGAAGCUACUCUAGCCAAGGUUCAAGGGGAGGACAAAGAGAAAGCGAAGAUGAUGAAGUUGGAAGAUACACUGCGAGAAGUGUCACUUGACGAGCAGAGCGUGGCCGGCAGUGACUUGACUUCUACGUUUUCUACGUCAACGAGGCCUCGAACGUACCAGACUCAACAGGAUGUUCCGGAUGAAAUCGCAGGAUUCCAACCUGACAUGGACCCCAGAUUGCGAGAAGUGUUGGAAGCGUUGGAUGAUGAUGCCUAUGUGGACGACAAGGACGAGGAAGACAUCUUCGGUGCCCUGGCCAAGGACGGCCGCAACGGUGAACUCGACUUGGCUGAGUUUGAGGCGACUUUCGUGGACGACAACGACGACGGUGGUUGGGAGUCGGAUGUAACAGAGAAGACCGCCCAACAGCCUUUGGAAUUGAAGCUUCCAUCGACUGCUCCAACGGCUGACAAAGCAGAAAUCACUGAUAAAGGUCCGUCUCCGGAUGCGGAAGCGGCUGCAGCAGAAGAUGGACAAUGGUUGCGAGAUUUUGCCAAAUUCAAGUGUGAAAGUGCCAGAAAGCUCCAGCCGAAAGCCGCAGAAUCGAUCAUCGCGGCUUCUGCCGUCCAGGACAAGGCACCGUCACUGUACACGCAGAAUGGUACACCAUUGCGGCAGAAGAAGCGGAAAGGUGCUUUGACAAACCCCAGUUCAUAUUCCAUGACUUCAUCAACUCUUGCCCGAACAUCUGGUCUACAAUUACUAGAUGCGCGAUUCGACCAGGUGGAAAGGAUGUAUUCACUGGAUGAGGGCGAUGAAUUCGAUGAUCUGGAUGGUCAAAUGUCGUUCGCAUCGGGGAUGACCGGGCGGUCCAAGAUGUCACAGCUCUCGACGACGAGCUUUGCAGACGACGGGGCAGUCCGAGAGGAUUUUGACAGUAUGAUGGAUGGAUUUCUGGGUGACUGGAACAAAGCAAAUCCGGGUGGAGGUAAGAGAAGAGGGGCCAAGGGCAAACGCGGGAAAAAUGGAAACGAGAAAUUCGGUCUCCAACAACUAGACGAGGUUCGGGCGGAAUUGGGACCUGCGAGGAUAUAUCGGCGCACAACAAAAGCAUGA